AUGACACAACCUGAAAUGAGAUAUUUCUCCACUCGAGGUGGUAGUGAGACACUUUCUUUCGAAGAUGCCGUCUUGACUGGAUUAGCGCCAAAUGGAGGUCUUUACAUCCCUACACAUAUACCUUCUUUACCUGAGGAUUGGCAAACCAAAUGGGCAUCAUUAUCGUUCCCCGAAUUAUCUAAAGAGAUAUUAUCAUUAUUCAUCCCAACAUCCGUCAUACCUUCAACAGACUUGAAAGAAAUUAUCAAUACAGCAUAUUCGUCGUUCCGAGAUCCAUCAACAACCCCUCUGAGACAAACAGGGGAGAAAGAAUGGGUAAUGGAAUUAUGGCAUGGUCCAACAUGGGCUUUUAAAGAUGUAGCUCUACAAUUCUUGGGAGAGUUGUUUAGGUAUUUCUUGGAAAGAAGGAAUGGCGUUUUGGAAAAAGAUGGAAAAGAGGAAAGAGAACAAUUGACUGUUGUAGGUGCUACUAGUGGUGAUACUGGAUCAGCCGCUAUCUAUGGUCUUCGGUCAAAACCUUCAAUCACAAUAUUCAUCCUCUAUCCUGACGGAAGAGUUUCACCCAUUCAAGAAGCCCAAAUGGCCACGGUCCCAGAUGAGAAUGUCUAUUGCGUUGCAGUUCAAGAUUCAGAUUUCGAUACUUGUCAAUCUAUAGUGAAAACUUUAUUCUCUGAUAAAGAAUUCAAUUCAGCGCAUAGAUUGGGUGCUAUCAACUCGAUCAAUUGGGCAAGAAUAUUAGCUCAGAUAGUGUAUUACUUUUCUGCUUAUUUCCAAUUACCGAAAGAAGCAAGAGAACAAGGAUCAAGAAUCCAAUUCUCAGUGCCAACUGGUAAUUUCGGUGAUAUAUUGGCAGGUUGGUUCGCUAAGAAAUUAGGUUUACCAAUGGAUCAUUUAGUCGUUGCCACAAAUGAAAAUGAUAUUUUAGAAAGAUUCUUCAGAACAGGUAGAUACGAAGCUGAAGAAGUCGAUGAUAUCAAAGAUCAAAAUCAAGAUCAAGCUCCUGAAACAGCUGCUGUAAACGGUUCUUCAGAUGGUCAACAAGCUACUCCAUCUUCUGCAAGUUCAGUCAAAGCCACUCAUUCACCAGCAAUGGAUAUCCUCUUAUCAAGUAACUUUGAAAGACUACUAUAUUACCUUGCUUUGGAAACGAACGAAUCUACAGGAAGCGAAGAGGAGAAUAGAGCAAAAGCUCAGGAUAAGUUGAAUGGAUGGAUGAGUGAAUUGAAAAAGAAUGGAAAAGUCGAUUUGGGUGAAAAAGUUAAACAAGCUGCCGGAAAUGAUUUCUGGUCGGAAAGAGUUUCCGAUGAUCAGACUCUCGCUGAAAUCAGAAAAUACUACAAACUCUCACAAUACGGUCCUUAUGUCGUUGAUCCUCAUACCGCUGUCGGUUUAGCAGCUACUGAGCGAUCUCAGAAGAAGGCCCCCAACUCAUACUGGAUAACACUUUCAACAGCACACCCGGCUAAAUUCUCCUCUGCAGUAGAACUCGCACUCAAUUCCGAACAAUUCCCAGACUUCAACUUCAGAUCAACAGUUCUACCUGAGGAAUUGAAGAAGCUUGAAAGUCUCGAAAAGAGAGUACAUAAAGUUAAGGGUGAAGAAGGCGUAAGAGCAUUGAUCGAACGAGUCAAAAAAGGUGAAAAGGUCGUCCCUGGAGAAGGCAAGGGAUCUAUCUAA